GCAGCGGUCCAGGGAGGAUUUACAGUCGGACUGCGCGGCUCCCUCUUCUGCUGUCGUGGAUUCGGGAGGCCCAGAAGGAAAACGCAAACUGGGUGGAAACCUGAGCCCAGCGGUGAUGAGAACUAACCCUGAGUGGAUUUCACUGGUGUGCUGCCAGAAGCAUCUGGAAAGGAUAACACAGGGAUCUACUCCCCCUCCAGAGGACCAGAACAUAAUUCACAUCUCAGACAUUUUGGCGUGUCAGCUCUGCGGCUGCUGCUGAGGGAUGUCUUUUAGUUUGUUUUUUCCCUAAGAAAUUGUUGUGAUCACGCUGGGUGUCCUGAGAUUCCCAGAUUCCCUCCUGGCAGCAGUGGGGUUGGAUAUGUUGGAAAGCGGUUUUCCUCUGUGCAUUGGCUGAGGGAUCUGGACCCUGCUCAUAAUUAAAGCCCUCUCAGCAGAUCAGUGAUCCUGAUCCCAGCUAUGCAGUGAGGAUGUGUGCGGCCAGGUUCAGUGGCUGCCUUAAUGGCUGCACGGAGGAGGCCGCCUGCGGUGCCGUUGCUCCGGUCAUUGCCUCCAGGAUGCUGGACUGGAACGAGGUCGGUCCCCGCAUCCUUAACAGUCUGGAGAUAGGCACUGUGAUGACCAUCUUCUACCAGAAGAAGUCCCAGAGGCCCGAGAGGAGGACGUUCCAGAUCAGGCAGGACACCAGGCAGAUGGUGUGGAGCAGGAGUCCCGAUAAAAUGGAAGGAGAGGUUGACAUACGGGAGAUCCGGGAGCUGCGGUUGGGAAAAGGCUCGCGUGACUUUGAGCGAUACCCGGAGGAGGCUCGUAAACUGGACCCGGCACACUGCUUCAUUGUGCUGUAUGGCCUUGAGUUUCGCCUGCGGACACUCAGUGUAGCAGCCUACAGCGAGGAGGAGGUCAACAUGUGGAUCAUGGGUCUGAACUGGCUAAUGAUCGAUACCCAGAAAGCGCCAGCACCACAGCAGAUAGACAGGUGGCUGAGGAAACAGUUUGAAGUCAUGGACAGGAACCACGAGGGCAGCAUCACAUUGAAAGAUGUCAAAGCUCUUCUGCCUCAGAUCAACUACAGAGUCCCCAACAUGCGCUUUCUCAAAGACAAACUGCAGGACCUGGAGGGAAAGAGCGAACUGUUGUACCCCAACUUUGCACAGCUCUACAGGACGCUUAUGUUUGACGCCCAGAAGAAUAUUAUUGAGCAGCUGGAGCUCUCCUUUCCCCUGCGAAAUGUUGACCGACCAGAGCUUUGUCAGAUAUCUCUCUACGACUUCCAGAAGUUUUUACAGAUGGACCAGAAGGAGUCCUGGGCGUCGGAUCUGAGUCGAGUCAGGGAGUUUCUCACGAGCUACAUGAGGGGAGGACCUCAGCUUGAACCAGUGCUGCAGCUGGAUGAGUUCCUGACCUACCUGUUCUCAAAAGAAAACUCUGUGUCCGACCCUCGACUUUCACCUGUUGUCCCUGAUGACAUGAAAAGACCGCUGUCACAGUACUGGAUCUCCUCUUCGCACAAUACGUACUUGACAGGUGACCAGUUUUCCAGUGAGUCAUCUCUAGAAGCCUACGCUCGUUGUCUUAGGAUGGGAUGCCGCUGCAUUGAACUGGACUGCUGGGAUGGACCCGAUGAUCUGCCAAUAAUCUACCAUGGCCACACUUUAACCUCCAAGAUCAAAUUCCUUGAUGUGCUGCACACCAUUAAAGAACACGCCUUUGUCACAUCUGAGUAUCCUGUCAUCUUAUCCAUUGAGGACCACUGCAGCGUGGUCCAACAGAGGAACAUGGCCACACACUUCAAGAAGGUGUUUGGGGAGCUGUUGCUCACCAAGCCAGUCGACAAUAACACAGACGAGCUUCCUUCACCCUUCCAGCUCCGCAGGAAGAUCCUCAUCAAGCACAAAAAGCUGGUGGAAGGAACCCUGUAUGAAGAGGUGACCUCAGCUAGCUACUCUGAAAACGACAUCAGCAACUCCCUAAAGAACGGCAUCCUUUACCUUGAGGACCCCAUUGACCACACCUGGACACCGCAUUAUUUCGUCUUGACCAGCAAUAAGAUUUACUACUCAGAAGAGACGUCUCACUACCAGACGGCUGAUGAAGAGGAGGACGAUGAAGCAAAGGAGGAGUGCAACAACAACAAGCAGCACUGUGCAGAGCGCUGGUUCCAUGGGAAGCUGGGAGGAGGUCGCGACGGUCGGCAGGUGGCGGAGAAGCUGCUCCAGGAGUACUGUGAAGGAGGGGGUAAAGACGGCACCUUCCUGGUGCGAGAGAGUGAGACGUUUGUCGGAGACUACACCCUUUCCUUCUGGCGUUCUGGUCGGGUGCAGCACUGCAGGAUCCACUCACGUCAGGAGUCUGGCUUUACCCGUUUCUACCUGACAGACAACCUUGUGUUUGACAGCCUCUACCGUCUCAUCUGCCACUACAGGGAAACGCCGCUGCGCUGCAACGAGUUUGAAAUGAGGCUGGGAAACCCUGUGCCCCAACCCAACGCACAUGAGAGCAGAGAGUGGUACCACUCCAAUCUGUCCCGUGUUCAAGCUGAACACAUGUUGAUGCGUGUUCCACGAGAUGGAGCUUUCUUGGUGCGAAAACGCAGUGAACACAACUCCUAUGCCAUCUCCUUUAGGGCGGAGGGUAAGAUCAAACACUGCCGCAUCCAGCAGGAAGGUCGGCUCUUCAUGUUGGGGGGUUCUGCAGAGUUUGAGAGUUUGGUGGAUCUAGUCAGUUAUUAUGAGAAGCAUCCACUGUACCGUAAGAUGAAGCUCCGCUACCCCAUAAACGAAGACACUCUGGACCGGAUGGGCACCAUGGAGCUUGACUAUGGAGCACUGUAUGAGGUCAGAACUCCUCACUUUUACGUGGAGGCCAACAAGAUGCCUACAGCGCGGUGUACUGUCAAAGCUUUGUACGACUACAGAGCACAGAGAGAAGAUGAGCUUUGUUUCCCCAAACAAGCGCUCAUACUGAACGUGGACAAGCAGGAGGGCGGCUGGUGGAGAGGUGACUACGGAGGAAAGAAGCAGCUGUGGUUCCCUGCAAAUUACGUAGAGGAGGUGCCCAGCUCUCCUACCAGAGAGCUGGAUGAAGCCUCUACAGAGAACAGUCCUCUGGGUAACUUCCUCAAGGGCUUUAUCGAUGUACCCACCUGCCAUAUUGCCGUGCAUAAAGAUGGGAAGAACUCCCGGCCCUUCGUGUUUACCAUCCACUCCCAGCACUUGAGCUCUCAUCCAGUUCAGAGUCUGGAUGUGGCAGCUGACAGUCUGGAAGAUCUUAACGCCUGGGUCAGCAAAAUCAGAGAAGCUGCACAGAAUGCUGAUGCACGGAUGCAGGAGGAGAAACAAAUGGAGAGGAGGAAGAAGAUCGCUGUGGAGCUGUCUGAUCUCGUGGUUUACUGCAGGCCAGUACCUUUCAACGAAGACAAGAUCGGGACUGAGCGUGCCUGUUACAGGGACAUGUCUUCCUUCCCAGAGACAAAAGCGGAGAAGUUUGCGACUCGUGCCAGAGGGAAGCGCUUCCUACAGUACAACCGUCGGCAGCUGUCCAGAGUUUAUCCCAGAGGCCAGAGGCUGGACUCGUCCAACUACGACCCGCUGCCCAUGUGGCUCUGUGGCUCCCAGCUGGUGGCUCUUAAUUUCCAAACCCCAGAUAAACCCAUGCAGCUCAACCAGGCCUUGUUCAUGCUCGGAGGGAGCAGCGGCUUCGUUCCCCAACCUGACAUCAUGAGGGACGACACUUUUGAUCCUUUUGACAAGGACACACUGCAUGUUGAGCCAAUCACCAUCCAACUACAGGUAGUGGGAGCCCGCCAUCUGCCAAAAAAUGGUCGCAGCAUCGUUUGUCCUUUCGUGGAGAUGGAGAUCUGUGGAGCCGACUACGAUGGUUUCAAGUGCAAGACUGAUGUCGUAGCUGAUAACGGUCUGAAUCCUGUGUGGAUGCAGAAGCAGUUUGUGUUCGACAUCCACAACCCCACCUUCUCCUUCCUACGCUUCACCGUUUACGAAGAGGACAUGUUCAGUGAUCCUAACUUCUUGGCACAAGCCACGUAUCCAGUCCGUCUGCUGCGAACAGGCUACAGAAGUAUACUUCUGAAGAACAGCUACAGCGAGGAGCUGGAGCUGUCCUCACUUCUGGUUCACAUAGAGAUCGUCAAUGCAAAGGAAGAAGAUGACGAGAACAUGUACACAUCCAUCCAGCGGCUAAGGGAUCGAACCAUUGAGUUGUCCACCAAGGUUUCUCUCCUGGAGAGGUCGGGAUCUGCGGAUCUCAGCUACCAGCAGAGUCUGGAGGAGCUCACGGUGGCCCAGGACCAGCUGAGCGAACUGGUCGAGGCUCGCAACCGCCGCCUGAUGGAGAAGAAGAGGAGGGAGAAACUGAGGCAGCAGUUUGCAGCAAAACGCAGCUAAUGGCAUCGUCCACCAGAGAGCACUAACCUUCAAACAUAGUGCCUGGCACGCUGUGAAGAAGCUGCUUCCACAGAAGCGGAAUGCAAUCUGAAACUGAAAAGAAAAAUAAGUGGGAUAUAAAGCACGUAUGGUAAAAAUAUUACAAACAGAAACAUCUCAUGGACUAAAAACUAAGCUAUAAAACAAUCAGGAUUGAGGCUGAAACACACUAAGAGCAAACUGUGGGGGCUACCUCUAAAGAUUUCAUGAAAACAGCUGAAACAGGAACGUAAUAUAUAGAUAAAAGUAUAUUUUCCACUGCUGUGUAAAAAUUUCAAAGCUCAAUAAAUAAUCAUUUUAGUAGAGUUUGACUUACAUUAAAGCUUUUAAAAGAAUAAAAUGAUAUUACAUCUGAUCUUACUGUGUUUCAAAGUUUAUAAUAACAGGAUGAAAUGGAGAAGAAAACUCAGGUUACACACAAAAAUUGAAUAAAAGUGUUGCUAUCAGGAUGUAGAAAGGGAGUGGUGGGCACACGUAGCAAAGAGGUAAUAUCCUGUUUGUGCCUUUUUGUUAUUAACGUUUUUAAAGUGUGCUGAAAAGAAAAUAAAGUCUGCUUUUCACUAGAACUGGAAAAGUUUUCCUUUAUGGGAAAACAUAAAACAACUGGAGAACGAAUGCACUCCUUUGGUUUAGACCACUAGUCAUGAAGGAAUUUAAAGACUGAAGUCUCCUAAUCGAGUCUUUUUUGGGGGCAAUAACAAGAACUAGGUCCUCAGAAGAGCACAAAAUGUCAAACAAAUUCCCCCCAACACAAAUAAGGACUUAUUUUAAUACUUGUAAGGGCUCUGUAUUAAUCCAUGCUACCUUCAGAAAAAGGGCGCCCACUGGAUGUCAACCAUUACACCAGUCAAAUAAGGGCUAUGACAGAAAACUAGUAGAGGACUUGUGUCUGAUUUGUUUUGCUUUUUUAACUGCCAACUCUUUUUUCAACACAUCUAAUUAGCUUGAUCGGUAUCAGACUCAAUCAUCUCACUAAUCAACAGAUGGGGAUGAGCCGGUCGUGGAUCUGCAAAAAGCAGCUUUGAAUACUGCAUGGCUUCCUGUCUGACCCACCCAUCAGGGGCUACUUUACUCUUGUCUAACUGAUCAUUGUGUACAUAACUUCUUUUAGGUGAAAAAACAUAUUACAGAAACAAUGCUCUUUGUAACUUUAUGGUAAAAUUAAUAUUGUGUACCUGGAGCUCCCUUUAAAAAUGUUUCCAUGGAUAAAAACCUCUCUUUUCUCCCUUUAGUAUGCUGUACUGUGCAGAGACUUCUAUGCAAAAGUCUUCUUCUCUGCCUCUUUGUGUAUUAGAAAACCAGACUCCAGUUGUGUUUUCUCUCUCUCUGUACCUUUGCUUACUGUCCAGUAUUAAUACUCUGUAUUACAAAUUCUGUGUGAGUUUCCAGUUAAUAAAGCUCUUUAUGUAUA